AUGAGGGAGACGUUUAUUCUCAUCCUCCUUUAUAUCGGACUGGCGGCGACAUCAAAUUUAUCGGGGUACGAACCCAGAGGUUGGCGUCCUAACGGCCGACGCUUUAAUCCCAAUAACAAUCGAUUGCAUGCGUAUUAUGGUGCUCCGAGAUUACAAAGCUACGAACCUCCGGACCAUACCACCGCUAUCUAUCGCUAUCCGUUUUUCACCACCACCACAACAACGACGACGCCGCGACCACGGACCACCGCGACCACCGUAAAAACCACGACGACGCCUCGCAGCAGAGAGCCAACGACGGCGUUAAACGAGCAACCCGAGCAAGAUUUCGAUACAAAUCCCGCUCUCGCGAUCGCCAAUUCCUUCGCGUUUAAUCGGCCCGUGUAUGUCUACAAUACUUUUCCAUUUCUACCGGUUCAAAUCAUCACGCAAUGA